AUGCAGAGCAACAUACUAUCUGUAUUCAACCCGCCUCCCCAAAGGGAGCUCUCUAGCGAGGAGACAAAGGAUUGUAUCCCAUGUCAAGUUAUGAGCACCAUGUUCAGUUUGGGGUUCGGAACCUACCUAUUGAGUGGCAAACCUUUUGAGUACUCCGAAAAAGAGAAGAAGCGAGGAAUCACAGCUGAGAAAUUUCAGCAGAUGAAUCCCAAGUGGUGGAGAACAAGUCUCCGAACCAUGGGAGGCUCUUUGAUCAUUUUUGGACUAAUAAGGGGCUCUGAGGGAUGGCUUUGGAACAAGAAGAAGCCAGGCACAAACGAGCAUUGA